AUGAUGGCCGAACCAAAGCGUCUGAGCCCCAGGCUGGAGCAUUGGGCUUAUGGGUAGGACGUUAUUUUCUUCCUAACCUCAGUUUAUACACCCAAGGCCCACCACAAGGGCACUUUAUCUCUCUAACCACGUUAUAUCCAGAGGCACAUAUUAUUUUUAAGUUGCUUUUAAUUAAACUCUGGUGGGACGUUGAUUUUCAGAAUCAUAAUAUGAUGGAUACCCCAGAAUUCUGCCUUUCAUUUCUUUGUGAUUUCAUCCCACGAAUAAUUUGUUCUAUUCUUUUUUGAGCCAAUUAUUCUAGUGAAUGUGGAAAAAUAAAUAACACGAGAUGGGUAUUAUAUCUUGGUUAGGUUAGGCGUGUAAAGUUUACAAAGGCAGGCCAGGUUAAAGACCACUUCUCCUUCUUCUAGAGGCUUAGGAACAAUGCAGACGUUUGCUUCUCCCAAAUGUGGCUCACGGGUGGGUUUGAGUGCCAAACUCCAGGACCCAUGUGACGCAUUAGCCCUGAACUGCGAGGCAAAAGAUUCCUGUAGAGAAUGUGUUGCCUAGUGAAUGAGGUUUCGUUGCAUGAAAGAUCAAAGAUAUCUGAUCUUAUAGCGAAAACCUUGGAGCAGCUACGGUGCAGGAGGAGAUCUGGGUCUGCUCUGUUGGUCAACUCUCUCUCUCUCUCUCUCUCUCUCUCUCUCUCAGACGAUGAGGUGGGGAAGUCUCACUGAGACGGCCGUCCAGAACUCUCCGGAUCAUAAUGUCGACGCCGUCGGGUAGUAUCAGAAGGAGGAAGCGUUUGGCACGAACACCUUCUUGUCUCAUGAAUCCCCUGAGUCGGUAUUUCUUGUAAACACCUUCCUCAUAUGAUGAUGCCUCCGGACUCACCCACCCCUCCUCUUCCUCUUCUUCCGGGCCACGCAUGAAACUUGCCUGGAGAUUACUCAGGUGUUAUCUCCUAUGUGUGCAUUCACAUGUUUUUCUCUGCUGUUUUCUCUCCUAUUUUUUUCUUGGGUGUGCCGGGUCUACCUAGACACAGAAGAGAGAGAUUUCAUAGCUCCCUACAAGUGCAAGGGGACCUCCAAGUUCGUCCACCGGGAGUGCUUCCACCAUGGGUGAUCUGUCAAGGAAGGGUUCGCCCUUGGACACUGUACUUUUCCUUUACACUCUCGACGUGAGGUUGUGUGUGUGUGUGUGUGUGUGUGUGAGAGAGAGAGAGAGAGAGAGAGAGACGAGUGCGUUUCCUGUCUUAUCCCUUCGUCUCUUUUGGCCAUUUCCUAAAUUUUAGUUAACGGCUAGCCUUGUUUGACCAAGGCCAUAGUAACAUGAAUUCACCGCCGGGUUUUUUACCGGGAUCUCUUUUAAUGCGGGAAUGGCCGGGGAGGAGUGGGGGCCGGCGACCGCCUCUGGAAGGGAAACUCGACAUGCUCCAGGUCACGGGCAUUGUCGUCUAGGGAUGACUUCGACGAGGAAGAAUCGGAGGAUCAAGUUAGUUGGGAGAAGGAAGAAGAUGGAGAGUCCUCAUCCAUCUCCUGCAUCUUUCCCUGUAUUUUAGGAUAUCUAGUUGACUUUUAAGCUAGAUUGGGAGAAAAUCCUGGCAUACUAAAUCUACACGUUCUCUCUCUCUCUCUCUCCCCACAUCCAUCAUUGAUACUUCCGGACGUUGAAUGGAGAUCCAAAUCCAGAGAGUUUUAAUGUUGAGGAUUUGCUCUCACUCGGAAACAAAUACAAAAUCCGGAGCAUUGGUUCCUUUGGAUUCACUUGCUCAAACAGGGAAAGAUAUCCAUAAAAUAAAUAAAAUAUGACUAUAAAUAAAGAAGAUGAAUCCAAAUCCAAAGUGACGAUUAUCUAUAAAUAUGACUAUUCAUGGCAACCCAGUCACAGAGAGUAGCAAGAAGCCCAGUUGUCGAGUUUUCUUUCUUCUUGCCACCAUGAAGCUCUUCGCUGUGCUCGUCCUCCUGGCCUUCAUCUCAUCUCCCGGUACGAGUUCACGUUCUGCUUGGAAUAUCAUCAAACAUGAUCAGCAUUACCUGUUCUUAUUGUUUUCGCUCAUGGUUACAUGCAGUGGCUCAGGCGGAGCCGACGUGCACCCCGGGAGUCAAGUGCUUCGCUUCACCGGGGACGUGCGCCUCCGUCGACUGCGCCAGUGUUUGCGGCAACUACGUUCCCGGAGGCGCUCACCGCGCUUGCUGCACAUCCGCUGGCAGAUGCUGCUGUCUGAACUAG